AAGGAAACCCACACAAAGAUAUAACGAGUGAAGAAGAGUCAAAAGCCUUCUCAGACAGGUCAAAGGACACAUGUCAGACUCUUAGUGAGUAAAACCCGAAAACCUCAUUUUUACAGAACCGUGGGAAUGCUUAGUUUGUGUUUUGUACUCGUGGCAUUCCCAGAGACAGAAGUUUCGUGUUCUUCUUUUAUUUUUGUCCAUAAAAUAUCUAUUCACUCCAGCCAAUAUAAAGACCAACUCUCACUCCAGCUUUUCUUUAACUACAAACUUUAAAUCCACCUGAAAAUAUAAAAAUAAAUAUUUUAAACGAAACAGAUAUGUUUUACUAAUAAUAGAAACAGAGUUUUAGUUACUACUUACAAGUUACAACCUUAUCCAGAUUAUUUCAAACAGUAUUCCAACAAUGAACUCAUUCUCUGAAAUGUUUGGCUCCGGUUACGAGUCUCCGGCUUCAUCAUCAGGCGGAGAUUAUUGUCCGACGCUGGCGGCGAGUUGUCCAAAGAAACCAGCUGGUCGUAAGAAGUUUCGUGAAACUCGUCACCCAAUCUACAGAGGAGUUCGUCAGAGAAACUCUGGUAAGUGGGUGUGUGAAGUGAGAGAGCCAAACAAGAAAUCUAGGAUUUGGAUAGGAACAUUCCAAACGGCCGAGAUGGCAGCUCGUGCUCACGACGUCGCUGCCAUAGCCCUCCGUGGCCGAUCCGCCUGCCUUAAUUUCGCUGACUCAGCUUGGCGACUCCGAAUCCCGGAGUCAACAUGCGCCAAGGAAAUCCAGAAGGCGGCGGCUGAAGCUGCGUUGGCUUUUCAAACUGAGAGUGAUACCACGACGACUGAUCAUGGCCUUGACAUGGAGGAGACGUUGGUGGAAGCUGUAGUAACGGCAGAACAGAGCGAAACGUUUUAUAUGGACGAGGAGGCAAUGUUCGGGAUGCCGAGUUUCUUGGCUAUUAUGGCCGAAGGUAUGCUUUUGCCACCGCCGUCCGUACAAUGGAAUAACAAUUAUGACGGCGAGGGAGAUGCUGACAUGUCUCUAUGGAGUUAUUAAAAAUUCGAUGUUUAUUUCCAGUUUGUGCUAUAAUCUUUUUAAAAUCUUGAAAUCCUUUUUUUAGAAUGGAUCCCCUGCUUCUGUUUUUUUUUUUUUUUUUUUUUGGUUAAGUAACGUAUUGUGUGACUUGUGUGAGACACGAGUGUAAAUAAUUCAAUACAAAUGAAUCGUUUUCUA